AGAGAGAGAGAGAGAGAGAGAGAGAGAGAGAGAGAGAGAAGCAGGUCGUGUCCCUUGGUAGGCGGAGAAACCAGAGCCACUACAAAUACAGAGCGAGCCUCCCUGGAACAAGAUUAGAAGAGACCGCAGGAUUAACGACUGGAAAGGGACGGAAACCAGACCCGGACGGUAAAACCCGAACCCUGAAUAAGACCUAGCUGGAUAAAGAAAUCAGAUUUCUACCAUGAAUAAGGACACGGAGAUCGACAUGAAGGAGGUGGAGCUCAAUGUGCUGGACCCCGAGAAGGAGCCCAUGACGGGCGAUGGCCAGACCGCAGGCGGAGAGAAAAACGGCAGCGUCAAGCUAAAGGUCCCGGAGGACGAGGUGACCUUCACCGGCCUGUCCAAAGAAGAGCUGAUGAAGGUUGCUGGCACUCCAGGAUGGGUGCGAACCCGUUGGGUGCUUCUGGUCCUGUUUUGGCUGGGCUGGGUGGGCAUGCUGGCUGGAGCCAUAGUGAUCAUAGUCCAGGCCCCUCGCUGCAAACCCAUCCCUGAGAUGAACUGGUGGAACGAAGGAUCUCUGUACCAAAUCUCUGAUCUGGAUGCUUACUCUGGGGGACUGGAAGGUGUUGAGGCAAAGUUGGACGAAAUCAACAAGUUAAAGGUGAAAGGCCUGGUUCUUGGCCCGCUUCACUCUGUCCAGGCCGACCACCCAAGCACCCUGAAUCUUAAAGAGAUCAACCCGACCCGGGGAAAUAUUAAAGCCUUGGUUGCUGUGAUGGAGAAAGCCCACAAGAAAGGCAUUUCUGUGGUGCUUGACCUGACUCCAAACUACCUGGGAGCCACUCCCUGGUUCAGCUCUGGGGAUGUUGCCGAUGUGUUUGAGAAAGUCAAGGUUGCAGCCGAGUACUGGCUGAAUUUGGAUGUCGAUGGCAUCAAGCUAUCUGGCCUCACUGCAGUCACCAACUCUGAUUGGUCAAUGCUGCAGGCUGCCGUCCGUGGCAACCACACCGAUAAAAAGUUGCUGAUGGGUGUGGUUGAAGGUAUUUCAGCUGCAGAGGUGUCUCAGCUCAUCAAUACCACAGGUGUAGAUCUGGUCCUGUCGGACCUUCUCAACAGCAGCAGUGGAGGUGGCGAGCGCAUCAAGGCCAUGGACACCCUUCACUCUCAGCAGAGAAAUGUGGCCUGGGGUCUCGGUGCCGCCCAGAAGGGCCAGCUGUCGACGCUGGCAAAGACUCCAGGCCUGAUCCGCCUUUACCAGCUGCUGCUGUUCACCAUGCCCGGGACCCCAGUCUUUACCUACGGAGAUGAGAUCGGCCUUCAGGCACAGGGUUCAGAGUCUCCUAAGAUGGUUUGGGACAUAGAGAAGGAACCUGCCGAAGGAGCUGGUAUCAAUGAGACGGCCGAGGCUGAGCGGAAGGAGCACGUUGCUGUAAGGAAGUGGUUCAAAUCCCUCAGCGACCUGCGAGUCAAAGAGCGCUCUCUCCUCCACGGCGACUACUACCCUCUCUCCUCCUCCGCCUCCUCGCUCUCUUUCCUCCGUCUGUGGGACCAGAGUGAUAGAUACAUUACGGCCGUCAACUGGGGAGCAGCACCUGAGACGCUCACGCUCAACCUGGCACCUACAGAAGGAGUCAAGUUGCCAGAGAAAGCCACGGUGAGGCUGUCGACUGACACCGAGCAGCUGGAGGUGGACUCCACCGUCAGCCUGGACCAAAUCCCCCUAGGACCGGGACAAGCCGUCCUGCUGCAGUUCCCCUACACAGGCUAAAGAUGGAGCCAAACUAAUAGAACCGACAGAGUAACAGCGUUUUAAAAAGACAGUAAAGACAGCCCGACUCCUCUAGGAAUAAGAUGGCAUAUUCAAAAGAUACAAGAACUUCCUUUUUUUUUAACAAAUAUGACUUCUAUCAGACUAUGAGGUCGGAAAAUAAUUUAAUUGGGUCAAAUGAAAUCUGCCAUUCAAUUACAGAAUGUAUUUUUUAUUUUAUUUUUAAUUAGCGUUUAAAACACUAGACUAGUUUUACUUUUUGUUCUGUGCUAGGAAAAGAUGCAGCCAUCUCAGACAUGCACUCACCAAUUGAGCAUUUUGUUCUGUUGUGAACUUUUAUUGUUGACCAUUGUCCAAAUAUAUGAAAUACAUUCCAUUUUUGUUCUUUGGGCAUUUCUUUAGCAGUUUUUUUUGUUUUGUUUUUAAAUUGUCUUCGUGGCAGUUUUACUUUCUUUCAUGAGCCUGUCUGAGCUCACUGAAAGGCCCUCGUCACAG